CUCCAAUCUCCUAUACCAUUCAAGCUUUAACGGCGGUCAGCUUCUUCACGGCGGCGAGUGGUGCGCACCACGGUAUUGUCCGGUAAAGGUUUGGUAUUAAUGGACUGUAGACUUCUUUCGAUCAAUCGGAGUGGUGGUUUGUUUGCUUCCACAAGAAUUACUCACCAACGGUUAUCCUCCUAUUCUCAGAGAAGUAAGUUGGGAUCAUUUUAUUGCUCAACGAAUUGCUCAAUGAAGUCCUAUAAGCUGUCAGAUCUUAGUAGGACUGAGGUUGAUAGCCUCAAAGCUCGCCCCCGGAUAGAUUUUUCAUCUAUUUUCAGUGUGGUUCAACCCAUUGUUGACGAUGUACGAACUAGAGGCGAUGCAGCUGUUAAAGACUAUACAAGACGGUUUGACAAAGUUGAACUAGACACGAUAGUUGAGACUGUCAAUGAUCUUCCAGAUCCAGUGCUUGAUCCCGCUGUCCAAGAAGCAUUUGAUGUGGCUUACAGUAAUAUUUAUGCUUUUCAUGCUGCACAAAAGCCAGUUGAGAAGAUUGUUGAGAACAUGGAAGGUGUUAGGUGUAAAAGAGUGGCAAGAUGUAUUUCCUCCGUGGGUCUUUAUGUUCCUGGUGGCACUGCUGUAUUGCCAUCAACUGCUCUGAUGCUUUCAGUGCCUGCUCAAAUUGCUGGCUGCAAAACCAUUGUACUUGCAACCCCUCCCGCGCAAGACGGCAGCAUUUGUAAGGAGGUUCUUUAUUGCGCGAAAAAAGCUGGUGUUACUCAUAUUCUUAAAGCAGGAGGUGCUCAGGCAAUUUCAGCCAUGGCAUGGGGAAGUGAAUCUUGCCCUAAGGUUGAAAAGAUAUAUGGGCCUGGAAACCAAUAUGUUACUGCCGCAAAAAUGAUUCUCCAGAACAGUGAAGCCAUGAUUUCAAUAGACAUGCCAGCUGGACCAUCGGAAGUUCUUGUCAUUGCUGAUAAACAUGCCAGCCCUGUUCACAUAGCUGCGGAUUUGCUUUCACAGGCUGAGCAUGGCCCUGAUAGCCAAGUUGUUCUUGUAGUUGCCGGAGAGGGUGUGGAUGUAACUGCAAUUGAGGACGAAAUUGACAAACAAUGCAAUAGCCUUCCUCGGGGAGCCUUUGCUUCUAAAGCACUAAGUCACAGCUUUAUUGUUCACGCACGCGAUAUGGUUGAGGCUAUUGCUUUUUCUAACUUGUAUGCACCGGAGCACUUAAUAAUCAAUGUCAAAGAUGCCGAGAAGUGGGAAAGUUUCGUUGAGAAUGCAGGUUCUGUAUUUUUGGGUGAGUGGACACCAGAAAGCGUUGGAGAUUACGCAAGUGGGACGAAUCACGUUCUUCCAACUUACGGUUACGCACGUAUGUACAGUGGAGUCUCGUUAGACUCGUUCUUGAAGUACAUCACCGUACAAUCACUGACAGAAGAAGGGCUUAGGAAACUUGGUCCUUACGUAGCAACUAUGGCUGAAAUUGAAGGUCUCGAUGCCCACAAGAGAGCUGUCACUCUCAGACUUAAAGACAUUGAAGCUCGACAACUUUCUAAUCUCAGAUAAGUAUCGAAAUUGAUUCUUUUAUCUUUUCGUUAAACGAGAGAGAGAGAGAUCCCUUCUUUUGUUCGUCUAAUUUUCUUGCCUUUUCCCAAAAAAAAAAAAAAAAAACACUAGAUACUGCUGUUGUUGUACUCUGAUUUUGCACUUUGGUUCUAAGUUAUUUAUUUAUCAUUCAACAGAAAAACAAAACUGUCGACAAAUUUUGUCAGUGCUGCCUUAUUUUUGGGUAAUAAAAAUUUAGAAACCUCUGCGGUUUGUUCUUAAAAA